AAACAUGUCGGUUGACGCGGCCGGGGAGUUCAGCGCUGGUGUUAGUGCGACUCACGCCAACGUGGCGAAAACAAUGGAUCGAGUCUCGAGCGAGGUCCACGUGCGGCCGGGAAGCCGGGAUACGCACAUACCGUCCCAAGGGUCCGAGGAGCGACAUACGCAGCAACAGACGGACGAAGCCAGCCAGCUAACCGGCUGGCGAGCGUCGUCGUCUCGCGUCGAAGGCCAACGAGAGUACCGUUCGACGUCGUCGUGGCUUCCCUCGCGGCCGCGCUUCCGGGCGGCACGAGAUUCGCGCGCGGCCGUUGCGACCGCCGGCGGCGGGACGACGACACCGCACCUUCCGACAACUUUCGCCAUCGCGGGCGUCGUGUGGAUUCCCGAUGCGGGAACGCGAUCUCGGGCUCCCACGGCAAACAUGGCCGUACGGCCGACGGCUUUUUCGGCGCGGCACUUUCCCAAUGAUUGGUCGGCAAAUUGAGGACCAAUGGUCGGCGAUAGAGAGUCUCCCGGCACUUGUGUAUUGGUGGCACUGAACGGCAAGUUCUGCCAGUCCGAUCGCUGCCUGACGCCAGAACGGUCGAUGCCCCUCUGCGCCUCGUAACGCACGGCCAAUCAAGUGACCCGGCUCAAGCCCCCACGCCGCUCCGCAGUGGCGCGCGUUUCGAACCGUUCCUUUCCCCUUCCGACUCGUCCGUUCUCGAGCCCGUAAAUUCGUCUGCGGAACGAAUUCAGGAACUUUUCCUUUUCCACUUCCGUUGUUCGUUCAGGUAUGCAAGCGAGCUCAUUUGCGAGUUGCGUGGAAAAUUCUUUUUUUUUUUAUUGACGCGUCCCUUCCCUUAUCGCAGACCCGCGGCUUUCUCUGCCAUGGAACUUUCUACCUUUUGUUCGGUUGUAAAUCAGUGUCAGAGUUCAGGUAGCGUUCAAAUUACAAAUUUUCCACGGCAUAUUGACGAUAAAAUACCAGGCUCGAGGUCUCGGGUGAAAAAAAAAACCUGAACAAGCGUGACGUGAACAUGGUUUUUGUUCGGUUUUUUGCUCGGUUUUUCCCGAGCGAAACUCGUAAUUCAACUUUUUUUGCGGAAAUCGAAAAAAGACCCUUUCUCGGAAUUUCUCGGAUUCGUUGGUUGUUCAGCCUCGUCGAGUUAACGACACGGAUUUCCAAAAAAAAAAAAAAAUGGCAAUUGUCUGUGAUUCGAUAGAAUUUAUUGAACAAUGAUAAAAUAGUAUUCUUCCGCUUUUACGAAUGUAUAUACGUCGAUAUAGAGGACUAUAUGGUGACAAAUUAAUCUUUCACAUAAAAACUGCACUAAUAGACGAUAAUGAUAAACUGUGCGGGGAAUUUCCGGCGCACA